GCCCGUGGAGCCUGGGGCCACAGGCCACAGGGGACAAGGGCCAGACACCCCGGCCAUGGCUGUGGGCCAUUGAUCCAGCCCAGGCUGGCUGGGUAGGGGGUGGGGAGACCUUGGUCUGGACAAACAGAGGCUCCGAGGCCUGCGUGCAGCAGGCCCGGCACCCACCUGCCACUCCCAAAGGAUGCCCAUGGCCGAGGCCCCCCAGGCGGCUGGCGGGCAGGGCGAUGGAGGUGAUGGCGAAGAGGCAGAGCCGGAGGGGAUGUUUAAGGCCCCCGAGGACUCCAAGAGAAAAGUCCGCGACUACCUCCGCCUGGCUCCCUUGUGGCUGGCCCUGGUCGUGUUGGCUUCAGUGGGGGUCCUGCUCUGGUAUUUCCUAGGGUACAAGGCAGAGGUGACGGUCAGCCAGGUGUACUCAGGCAGCCUCCGCGUGCUCAAUCGCCACUUCUCCCAGGACCUUGCCCGCCGGGAGUCCAGUGCCUUCCGCAGUGAAACCACCAAAGCUCAGAUGAUGCUCAAGGAGCUCAUUGCCAGCACCUGCCUGGGUACUUACUACAACUCCAGCUCUGUCUACUCCUUUGGGGAGGGACCGCUCACCUGUUUCUUCUGGUUCAUCCUCCAAAUCCCCGAGCACCGCCGGCCGAUGCUGAGCCCCGAGGUGGUGCGGGCCCUGCUGGUGGAGGAGCUGCUGUCCACGGCCAACAGCUCGGCCCCUGUUCCCUACAGGGCCGAGUAUGAGGUGGACCCCGAGGGCCUGGUGAUCCUGGAAGCCAGUGUGAAAGACAUAGUUGCACUGAAUUCCACGCUGGGCUGCUACCGCUACAGCUACGUGGGCCAGGGCCAGGUCCUCCGGCUGAAGGGGCCCGACCCCCUGGCCUCCAGCUGCCUGUGGCACCUGCAGGGCCCCGAGGAUCUCAUGCUCAAACUCCGGCUCGAGUGGAUGCUGGCUGACUGCCGGGACCGGCUGGCCAUGUAUGAUGUGGCUGGGCCCCUCGAGAGGAGGCUUAUCACCUCGGUCUAUGGCUGCAGUCGCCAGGAGCCCGUGGUGGAGGUCCUGGCAUCGGGCGCCAUCAUGGCGGUGGUCUGGAAGAAGGGCCUGCACAGCUACUAUGACCCCUUCGUGCUCUCCGUGCAGCCCGUGGCCUUCCAGGCCUGUGAGGUGAAUCUGACCCUGGAGGGCCGGCUGGAGCUGCAGGGCGUCCUCAGCACGCCAUACUUCCCCAGCUACUACUCACCCAGCACCCACUGCUCCUGGCACCUCACGGUGCCCUCCCUGGACUACGGCUUGGCCCUCUGGUUUGAUGCUUACACUCUGCGGAGGCAGAAAUACGACGUGCCGUGCACCCAGGGCCGGUGGACCAUCCAGAACCGGAGGCUGUGUGGCCUGCGCACCCUGCAGCCCUACGCCGAGAGGAUCCCUGUGGUGGCCACCGCUGGCAUCACCAUCAACUUCACGUCCCAGAUCUCCCUCACCGGGCCCGGCGUGCAGGUGCACUACGGCUUGUACAACCAGUCAGAUCCCUGCCCUGGAGAGUUCCUCUGCUCUGUGAAUGGACUCUGUGUGCCCGCCUGCGAUGGGGUCAAAGACUGUCCCAAUGGCCUGGAUGAGAGAAACUGCGUUUGCAGAGCCACAUUCCAGUGCCAAGAGGACAGCACAUGCAUCUCACUGUCCAGGGUCUGUGACCAGCAGCCUGACUGUCUCAAUGGGAGUGAUGAAGAGCAGUGCCAGGAAGGGGUGCCUUGCGGGACCUUCACUUUCCAGUGUGAGGACCGCAGUUGUGUGAAGAAGCCCAACCCACAGUGCGACGGGCACCCCGACUGCAAGGAUGGCUCGGACGAGCAGUACUGCGACUGUGGCCUCCAGGGCCCCUCGGGCCGCAUCGUGGGCGGGGCCGAGUCCUCGGAGGGUGAGUGGCCCUGGCAGGCCAGCCUCCAGGUUCGGGGCCGACACAUCUGUGGGGGGGCCCUCAUCGCCGACCGCUGGGUGAUCACAGCUGCCCACUGCUUCCAGGAGGACAGCAUGGCGUCCCCGGCGCUGUGGACCGUGUUCCUGGGCAAAGUGUGGCAGAGCUCUCGCUGGCCGGGUGAGGUGUCCUUCAAGGUGAGCCGCCUGCUGCUGCACCCGUACCAUGAGGAGGACAGCCACGACUAUGACGUGGCCCUGCUGCAGCUCGACCACCCCGUGGUGCGCUCGGCCUCCGUGCACCCCGUCUGCCUGCCCGCGCGCUCCCACUUCUUCGAGCCGGGCCUGCACUGCUGGAUCACGGGCUGGGGUGCCCUGCGCGAGGGUGGCCCCACCAGCAACGGUCUGCAGAAGGUGGACGUGCAGCUGAUCCCGCAGGACUUGUGCAGCGAGGCCUACCGCUACCAGGUGACCCCCCGCAUGCUGUGCGCCGGCUACCGCAGGGGCGAGAAGGAUGCCUGCCAGGGUGACUCGGGCGGCCCGCUGGUGUGCAAGGAGCCCAGUGGCCGCUGGUUCCUGGCGGGGCUGGUCAGCUGGGGUCUGGGCUGUGGCCGGCCCAACUAUUUUGGCGUCUACACCCGCAUCACAGGUGUGACUGGUUGGAUCCAGCAGGUGCUGACCUGA